UAAUUCGUAAAACCAGAAAAUGCAGUAACAAAAUUUAAAGUGCAUUAUUUUACCUUAUUAACAAAUACUGCAGCUAAUUUGGUAGCCAAAGCUUUCCGAUUGUGUGCCAGUAAUCAAAGCAAAAGUAAUAAUUCAUGUAUUAAACUAUUCGCAUGACGUAGUUGGGUUAAAAGUGAAACCACAACAAUAAGGAACGACGUCAACUGAUAGAGAUCUGUGUGAGCAGAGCGCGCCGUAGCGCCCUCGUUGCUGAUUUAAGGAUGUUGUUGCGUGGCGGGCAACUGUUGCACAGCAGACAACAGCAGUUCAGUCGAGCACUUUACCAGUGGAGACUGCCACAGAGCUUCAAUGGCAUCGGACACAGUGCUCUGCAAAGUAACGAGUGUGCACUGCUCCGUUUGCAGGCACGCAGUCGUCUGGGCGGAGGAGGAGGAAGCAACCAUAAAUGGUGGAUAAUGCCGCGACGCUGGAGCACUAGUGAUGGCAAGGAUAAAAAGGACACGGCGUCUGUGGCAAAAGCCGAAAAAGUUAGUCAAGUAAAAAAGGAAGAGCUGCCUGGGGGCACAAAGACAAAGUUUGAGGUGAAAACGUCAAAGGGCAUUCUAUCAAUCACAACCACCAUCGAGGACUCAAAGAUUAAUGAAAUUGUCUUUGAAAAAACAGAGCUAUCGCCAGUAGCCAAGCUAAAUGAGCCAGCUUUAAAUAUUGUUGCCUCGGAAACCAUCGCACCGACAUCGAGUGCUCAGCCUUUGGCCUCACCGCCUGUUCCUCCGCCAGCUCAAAUGGAAGCUAUUGAAACAGCAGCACCGACGACUCCAACUGUGGCACCUGCGCCAAAGCGACCCCGCUUCGAUUACCGAAUCUCGCUAGAGCGCAAUUUUGUGACGCCCGCUCGGGCAAUAUCCGACUUCAUGCUGUCAGCCACAGAUCUGGAGAAGCUGCCCAAGAUCAAACGUCGUUCGCCAUACGAACAGGAGCCACCCAUGACCGUCUACUGGCGGCGAGAUGUCGAGGCAAAGGCCUUAGAGGUGUGGGGCUCACGGGAUGGCAUUGUGCGAGAGCGGCUGAAACGUGAUCUGGAACGCAAACAGUAUCAGCAAAAUGUGUUUACGGUCAAGCGUCGCUUGCGUGACUAUAGAAGGGAGAUGGGCUCACGUACGAAGUUAAUACAGGAGAACAGACAGGAUGCUGAAAAGUCCGGCCAAGUGGUGGCUACCGCCAUUGCCAUAAAUGCAGCGAAUCUGCUUUUUAAGUUUGGUGGUUGGAUAUACAGUGGCUCUCACAGCAUGUUUGCGGAAGUCAUCCAUUCGCUGGCGGAUUUAAUCAAUCAGCUGAUCCUGGCCUUUGGCAUCUAUAAGUCGUCCCAGGAGCCGGACACGGAUCAUCCGUAUGGCUAUAUGAACAUGCGCUACGUCUCUUCUCUUAUCUCCGGCGUGGGAAUCUUUUGCGUUGGAAGUGGGCUAUCCAUUUACCAUGGCAUCGAGGGCAUCAUUCAUCCGCAGCCUAUCGGAGAUCUCUUCUGGGUCUAUUGUAUAUUGGCAGGCUCGCUAGUCUCCGAGGGCGCAACACUUGUGGUUGCCAUCAACGAACUAAAGCGAUCAGCGCGUGUUAACAAUAUGAGCUUUAAGGAUUACGUACUUAGUGGCAAGGAUCCCUGCGUUAAUGUGGUGCUCUGCGAGGAUGCUGCAGCUGUUGCCGGUGUCAUGAUAGCUGCCGCCUGUAUGGGUCUGAGCACCUACACUGGAUCACCGCUAUUCGAUGCGGCUGGUUCGUUAGUCAUUGGAGCGCUAUUGGGUGGUGUUGCAUCAUUCAUCAUUUACACGAAUGCCAAUGCGUUGGUUGGUGUUUCCAUAUCCAUGGAGCGUUUGGAGAAGAUCAACUCUGCGCUAGAGGCUGAUGUGAUGAUUCGGGCUAUUUACGAUGUCAAGGGCAUUGAUAUUGGAAAUGGACGUGUGCGCUAUAAGGCUGAGCUGGACUUUGAUGGACGGGAAUUGACGCGCUCAUAUUUAGAUAAACAAGAUCUUAAUAAGCUGCUGACGACUGUGCGAGGCUUUCGUAAUGUGGACGAUCUAGAAAGCUUUUUGCUGGAUCAGGGAGAGAACAUUGUUGACCUCAUGGGUGGUGAAAUUGAUCGCAUUGAAAUGAAUCUACGCACUCAUUUCCCAGAAAUUCGUCACGUCGAUCUUGAAAUACUCUAAAGCCUUUGUUGCUGGAUGUACUUGCAAUCAAAAUUUACCCGUGUAGUUUCUAUUUAUUCCGAUAGUCGGUUUAGUUUUGGAAAAUAAGUUAUGGCUGUUCUUCGGGUGGGCAAUGGAAAAAAAUAAGGAUAAUACUUAAUAAGCUUAAAAAUAUAGUCGUUGUUGAAUCGUACAGCUAAGUUGAACUUAUCCCUUUACAAAAUUUUUGUUUUUUAGUCUUGACUUUACUAUUUAAGGGAAAAAACUCGUUUAUAAUUCUGUAUUAAAAAUUGUAACAUGAUAUAUAUAGUCAAGCUUCUCUAACUGAUAUCGACUACAGAUAAUUGGACAUAGGAAAAAUGCUAUAUAACAUUUAUUUUCGGCUCAUUCGGGUCAGAGAAGUGCGACUAUUUGAAGAGAACUGCCUAAAAUAUCUGCUAUGUAUUAUUGAAUAAAAAUUGUCGCUAUUAAUU